AUGUAUCCAACAGCUACGCGGCACCCGGCUGCCGCGGUAAGGGGACCUCAGCCGCCGUCAGGACCUAUUAAAUUUACAAUAGCAGACACACUAGAGCGAAUAAAAGAGGAAUUCAACUUUCUUCAAGCUCAGUACCAUACUUUGAAAUUGGAAUGUGAGAAACUGGCCAGUGAGAAGACGGAAAUGCAGAGGCAUUAUGUUAUGUAUUAUGAAAUGUCAUAUGGACUAAAUGUGGAAAUGCAUAAACAGACAGAGAUAGCGAAGAGAUUAAGUGCUAUUAUAGGGCAGGUGCUCCCAUUCUUAGCACAGGAACACCAGCAACAGGUGGCCUCUGCAGUGGAGAGAGCUAAACAAGUCACUAUGUCUGAACUCAAUGCCAUUAUUGGGCAACAACAACAGCAGGGCCUGCAGCAACUGCUUCAAAUCCACGCAAGUGCGGGCCUGUCGCACGGGGUCGGCGGGGUCGGGGGCGCGGGCGGGCUGCUGGGGGCCGGGGGGCUGCUGUUCGCACCGGGGGGCGGGCCCCCACCCCCGCCACAUCUACCCCCACCCGCACAUAAGGUGGAGCUCCCCCCUCCGGCGGACAUAAAGCCUCCAGUCCUGCCGGGCGGGCCGGCGCCGCCCGCCCUGCUGCCCGGCCAGCCACCGCCCAGAGACGACGACAGGCUCAGCUCUAGGGUGCUACAACAGCAAAGGAGAUCGGUAUCCCCUCACGAACGCGAGCAGAAGUACCGGCCGCGCUCGCCGGUCGAGCCGGAGGCGCUGGACGUGAAGCGGAGAAAGGAGGAGAAGGUACUCGGUCAUGUGAGUUUAUGUAGUGACAGCGAUGCUGAAAAAAGUGAUCAAGAUCUUGUUGUUGAUGUGGCUAAUGAGGAGGAAAGAGGGUCACCGAGUGUUCGUACUGAGGGUGGGGAGAGAACAGAGAAUGGUCCGCGGCCUCCUUCGAGGUCUGGCUCCUCGUCCAGUCGCUCCACACCGAAGAGUUCCAAAGACGAGAAGCCGGGCACGCCAGGCGGUAAGUUAGCUCGCGCGCCGACGCCGACGGGCGGUCGUGGCGGCGCGUACCCGUUCCCGCCGUACGCCGCCUACAGGGCGGCCGCGCCCGCGCCGCCGCUACCCAUGCACUACGAUCAACAUCACAGGACCAAUGGGAUCGCGCCCACUAAACCCGCGUACUCGUACCACUCGUGCGGCGGGCCGCUGCAGCCGGUGGGGUUCCCCGCGGACGCGCUGGGCGGCGCGGGCGUGCCGCGGGGCGCGCGCGCGGUGGCGGCGCUGCCGCACGGCGAGGUGGUGUGCGCCGUGGCGCUGUCGCAGGCCGGCGCCGCGCGACACGCCUACACCGGCGGCAAGGGAUGCGUCAAGCUCUGGGACAUAUCCAACCCGGGCUCUCCCGCCGCCCUCGAGCCGCUGUCGCAACUCGAUUGUUUGCAAAGAGACAACUACAUCCGAUCAGUGAAGCUCCUGCCGGACGGCCGCACGCUGAUAGUGGGCGGCGAGGCGUCCAACCUGUCUAUAUGGGACCUCGCCUCGCCCACGCCGCGCAUGCGCGCCGAGCUCACCUCCUCCGCGCCCGCGUGUUACGCGCUGGCUAUCAGUCCAGACUCCAAGGUGUGCUUCAGUUGUUGUUCAGAUGGCAACAUAGCGGUGUGGGAUCUUCAGAACCAAACAUUAGUUAGACAAUUCCAAGGGCACACGGACGGCGCGUCGUGCAUCGACAUCAGUGGCGACGGCACGCGUCUGUGGACGGGCGGGCUCGACAACACGGUGCGCUCCUGGGACCUCCGCGAGGGACGACAACUGCACCAACACGACUUCUCCAGUCAGAUCUUCUCGCUCGGAUAUUGCCCCACUGGUUCGUGGUUGGCGGUGGGCAUGGAGAACUCCCACGUGGAAGUCCUGCACGCGGGCAAGCCGGACCGCUACCAGUUACUGCUGCACGAGUCGUGCGUGCUGUCGCUCAAGUUCGCGGCCGCGGGGAAGUGGUUCGUCUCCACCGGGAAGGAUAACCUACUUAAUGCGUGGCGCACUCCUUAUGGAGCUAGUAUAUUCCAGUCUAAGGAGUCGUCAUCGGUGCUCAGUUGUGAUAUAUCGGCGGACGAUAAGUUCAUAGUGACGGGUUCUGGUGACAAAAAGGCGACUGUCUACGAAGUGAUGUACUGA